CUUAGUCUCUAGACAGUUCGUAGCAAUUAGCCAGUAAGAUGACGUCCUAUCGAUGAAUCAAGGAAGACCGAACUGGAACUAUGCGGGUCCCCGCUACAGAAUGGAGUUUCCGCGUGCACCGUGGCCGAUUCGUCGCCCUGCUCCUCCUCCUGCUCCUCGCAAUUUGCUUUGGCAGUCUUCACAACAACAACAACUUCCUCUUCACGAAACACGUUCAAGACCAUUGCUGCAGUCACUUUUUCCACCAACUACGCGCCACCCAGGCCCACGAUUUUAUCGGCCUCGAGGACCCAGACCGCUGUUGAGUAUUGCCCCACAGCCUGUUUCCGUUGAGGAAUGCCGUUGGCAAGCUGGUAAUCAGCGACCACCUGAUAGCAACCAAGGCUUGCGAAGGUUACGGCAACCGCCGCCUUUAAUGUCAACACAUCAAUGGCAAUUUCCAGCUCCGAAUGAACAUCAGAUGGUCGAUCGUCAGAUGGUUGAUCAUCAUAUGGUUGAUACUGAUUGUCAACAGGGACGACCUUAUUUGAUGGAGACACCUACGUCUCAUGCUUAUGCAUCCCAUCGAUCUCACGCAUCUAUUCGGCAGGCAUCACCUCGUGCCUUACUGGAAACCGUAAUUCAUCAUGAGCAGAUACAUCAAGAGCCGCCAUACCCACAACCUGAUCAAAUAGUCCGAGGAGAUAACAGACCUCUAGAUUUUGUUAGGAGACAGAGUGGUCAUUUGAAUUAUCAGUCAAGUGGUGUUCAAGCUUUCCUUUCUCAAGCAUCCCCUCCACGACCACCACCUCCACCUCUUCCGAAGAUUGAAACCGUGAAUGUAGAGGAACUAUUUGAUGAGCCUGAGAGGUCCAGUCGUCCAUCACAGUUUGUGAUUAUUCUACGUGGACCACCAGGAACUGGAAAGAGUCAUGUUGCCAAGCUGCUAAAAGACAAAGAAGUGCAACACAAUGGUGUAUCUAUACGGAUCUUGUCUCUAGAUGACUACUUCUUGACAGACAUUGAGUCAGUCAGUGUCGACCCUGAAACUGGCAAGAAAUCAAAGAAGAAAUCUAUAGACUACUGUUAUGAUGCAGAAAUGGAGCAGCUAUAUAAGGAUAGUCUGUUUAAGUCUUUCUGUAAAACACUGGAUGAUCCAGACUUCUCAAUUGUCAUCGUUGAUUCUGUCAACCACAAACUUGCAGACUUUGAAAGGUUUUGGAGUCAUGCCAAAGUAAAAGGCUAUGAGGUAUUUAUUGCAGAAUUAAUGUCAGAUAUUAAUGAAUGUGUCGCUCAGAGUGCUCAUGGAAGAAGCCACAAUGACAUAGCAAAGAUUAUCAGAGAAUGGCAGCCGGCCCCGAGUCACUACAAGAGGUUGGAUGUACGAUCACUUCACCAAGAAGUUGUAAUAAACGAGGUAGAGAUGGAAAUUGGGGAGAACGCAUAUGCUCAGUUACCGAGGGAUUACUCUGCUGAUUCUGAAGAUGUUGUGAAGUCAUCCAGCCGAUGGGAAGCUGUCUCUGAUGAUCAACUAGAUGCUCUUGAUGGUGUUCGGAAAUCACUGAAGAGGAAGAGAGAGGCAGAUUCAGUACCUCUUGGAAAUAUAGAGGAUUUCCUUCAGAGCUGCAGAGAAGUAGACACCACAGCCACCACAACUGGAGCAAAAAAGAAACGAGUUCACUGGGCGGACAUUGAAGAAAAGAAACAGCAAGAACGGCAACGAAAGAUUGGCUUUGUUAUUGGCCAAAACUGGAGUAAUCUAACUCCUGAUUCUGCAGUCAUUGAUAAACUAUUGACUGGUAAUGAUCCAUAGUCUGUAUAGAUAUAGUAAAGCAGUCUAGUUGGGAGAUACUGAAUGACAGCAAAUCAGUCAAUCAGGCUGCAAUGUAGAUGCUUUAUUACAUAUUACAAUAUGAAGGUAUGAUUAAUUGAUUAA